ACCAAGUGCUGAGCGAGCCUGCAGCCACUGAAAGUUAUUGGCAGCUAGAUAUUCCACAUUGAUUCUUGGUCACAGAGAUUGUACAACCAUGUAUAGCUUUGUGGGCCAGACAGCCAGCUAUCGCUGGGGCCUGCUCCUUCUUUUAGCUGCCGUACUUUUUGUAACAGCCCAGGGUGCAUCAUCAUCGUCGAGUUCAAGCUCAAGUGGUAGUGACUCUGGUCCUCUAAGUAACUUACCAUGCCAAAAUAAUGAUGGAGACAUUUUUCAGCAUGGAGAUACAUACAAAAUGACAGAGUGCUCAUUUUGUUCAUGUGACAAUUCAACCCUGAGGUGUGAGUUUGAAGCAUGUCAGCCCAUUAGGUGCCAGGAGCCCAUCAAGUUUGAGGGUGAAUGCUGUAAAGCUUGCCCUUACGUUGUGAUUGCUGACGACGUAACGCCAAGGGUAGAGGGUGGUGCCGAGUUCCGUGGUGGUGCUGAAAAUGAAAUCGCCCUCGACGUGGACGUGCACUACAUUGAAACGUCUGAAACGACGAGUGUAACUGGUCAAGGUCUGUGGACGACGAGACUUUGGAUGAGUCGCACGGAGGAUGGAUCACAGGAACUUGAAGGGACGGUAGUCGAAGAGGCUCUGACCGAAGGACAACAGGCGCAGGACCUGAAGAAGCACCCAAGUGGCAGGCACGUAAUCCGUGAUGUCAGAUACCGUUUCGACCUCACCGAUUACACCUGUGACGAUGCCAAGUACGUCUGCGCCAGGUUCGGCAAAGGUCCAAAACCUGAGCCAGCAAAAUCCUUCCUUACCUUUUCCUUCUCUGGGACUCCUGAUGAGUCUGUUCUAACUGGCUGUUCUGAGGUACAGAGGUGCCAAGGAGUUACGAUCCGAGGACUGAGGGCCUCUGGUAGAACCAACAAUCUGGUCGUCGGACAAUCAUCAGAUGUCACCAUUGAUGCAACAGCAACGUUUACAGAUGGUAGCAGAGACAUCUCUGGUAGUGGUCUGUGGCGGCUGGGUAUCUUCGGUAGUAAAAAAGCUGACGGCAGAGGUGAGAAAUUUGACUACCAGAGUCAGACUCUGAGCUCAUCCCACCAGGCACAACCUCUCACCCCAGGAGGAUCCAGGGAAAUGAGCUUCACUGGGGCUAAAGCCGAGUUUGACUGGCUGUCUGUUGGAUGCAACGGAUUCAACUACCUCUGUUACGACUUCUCCAAGGGACCUGAUACUAAUCCCGACUUCUCGUUCAAGUCUCUUCCCACCGGCGACACGAUGACUCUUUGUAAUGAGCAGCAGUGCAAAGCAGGAACUACAAUCAGCAGCACCAGUGCCCAACUUAACAGUGGAGAAGUCGCAGAUGGUCGCGCCGUCAACCCUUACUCUGUCUCAUUCAGUGCCAACGGUGGUGGCACUGGCAUCGUUGGAGAAGGCCUGUGGUCUAUGAGUGCUUACGGAAGCACCAACGCAGACGGUUCUGGCAAGAUGCUCGGUGAGACGGCACAGCUUUUCAACCAACGACAGGCCGAUAUGAACUUCCUGCCUGCACAGAGCACCCGCCUGAACUAUGAGAAUGUUGACUUCAACUUCGACAUGACGGGACUCACUUGUGAAGAUGUCAAAUAUAUCUGUCUGAAGAUGGCAAAGGGAGAAACUCCCGAGCCAGAGUUCAGACUCCAACCUCAGCCUGACGAGAGUGUCCUUACGAGCUGUGUGACAGCAGAGUGCUCAGGAGUCAUUGCGGAUAGAUUUGAGUGGGAUUACUCUUCUACAAAUCCCAUGCCUGGUCGACAAACGCCUGUAAACUUCAACGCCCAGCUGUCAACAAGAUCCGGAAGCCGUGACUUGUCCGGCAGCGGACUGUGGCGUAUGGGCAUGUACGGAAGCAGGAGUCCCGAUGGCAGUGCAACGGAUCGUUUCGGCUACGUCAGCCAGGCUCUCAACCCUGACGGCGCAUCAACCAUGCUUGACGGCGGCUCUACAAUGAACAUCAGGAAUCAGGAAGUUGACUUUGACAUCGGAUCCAUCGGCUGCAACGACUAUGGUUAUGUGUGUGCUGAGUUCACCAAAGGAGACAUGCCAGAGCCUGAUUUCAGAUUUGAAGUGUCUGGCCGCUCUGACACCAUGAUUGAUAACGUCUUAACGUCUUGCAAGCAACAGAAAUGUUCAGCACGUGCUGUCUUUACUGGUUUGGAGACUUCAAUCCGAGGGGAUGGUCCAGUUAUCGAAGAAAAGAAGGACAACACACUGCAAAUGGACAUUACUGGGGUCACAGGUGAAGGGUCAACUGAAGUGUCUGGCAGCAACCUCUGGACGGUUGGCCUGUACGGAAGCGCCAGGGCUAAUGGGCAGGGUCGCCGACUCGGCUACCAAACCCAGAUCCUCGACCAAUCCCAGAUGGAUCAAACCCUCCAGAUGGAAUCCGAUCUACCCUUCAUGAAUGCUCAGGUGAACUUUGACAUGACUGGACUCCAGUGCAAGGACGUCAAGUAUCUGUGUGCUGAGCUGGGGAAGAAUCGUAACGCUAAACCUGACUACACAUUUGAUGCUGUUCCAAACCAGAGAGCUCUGGUGUCUUGCACUGAACUCGGUGACAGAUGCAAAGGUGUAACUCUUACUGAUAUGGAUUGGUCAUACGAGGCUGGCAGGAGACAGUAUGGAAUGACAACCCCAGUGACUAUCGAUGCAACCGUACGGACCACCCCACAAAGUCGUGAACUUCAGGGCUCUGGACUGUGGAAGAUGAAUCUUUUCGGCAGUCGGAACGCAGACGGUUCUGGCAUGAGACAACCGGAGCGUACACAGGUCUUGGAUUCCUACAAUCAGGCCAGAAGUAUGCCAGUCGGAGGGCCAGUCGAGUUCACCGAUGUCGGUACCAGUUUCCCGAUGGAACAACUCGGCUGCGGAGAGUACAAAUAUCUAUGUAUGGAGUUCACCCAAGGAGACUAUCCAAGUCCGCAGUAUGCAUUCAGGACAUCUGGCCCUGGCGAUUCCAUCGUCAGCUGCAAGACUGCAGAAUGUGGAGGUGUGUAUGUAUCUGGUGUUGACUCAACUCUCCUUGGUGGUGAUCUCUACGAGGGAAAAUCCAGCAACUCUUUACGGUUUGAUACAGUCGUACAGACGACAGACGCGAGCACUCCCGUCGUCGGCCGUAAUAUGUGGCGCCUGAACAUGUACGGUAGCCAGCGUUCCAACGGCCAGGGGCCUCGCUACAACCAACAAGACCAGGUCCUGUCUGAGUACUUCAGCAGCCGUGAGCUGAUGACCCCAGGGGAGCCCAUCAACUUCCAGACGAUUGACGCAGAGUUCGAUAUGACAGACGUGGACUGCAGGAAGAUGAAAUUUCUGUGUACGGAGUUCAGUCGUAACCCAGAAACCGCAGUGGAGUUUGAGAUGACCCCUGUCCCCAAUGCGAAGGUUCUCAAAGACUGUAUGGAGAUUCCUGAAGACAUGUGUAAAGGUGUGAUAAUCGAUGACAUGGAUUGGACCAUGAAGGUACUGUCCGACAGUGUUGUAUCUGGCCAGGCCUCACCCAUCAGACUCGGCAUCAACAUCGACUCAAGAGCAACUGCAGGCAGUGCCAAUGGUGACACUCUGUGGAGAGUUGCCACAUACGGUGCCACCAGGCCCGAUGGUAAAGGCAAACAGAUGGGGCUUAGACGCCAGAUUCUUAGCCGUGACCAGUCCAACCGCGACCUGACCGCUGGAGACACCCUCUCCUUUGAAUCGGUGGAUACCGAGUUUGAUUUGUCCGCCCUCGGCUGUGAAUCUGAGUUCCAGUACCUCUGCGUUGAGUUUGCCAAGGGACUGAGAGCGCGACCGGACUUUAAGUUCCAGACCGCUGAUGGAGGAGAAGUUAUAAGAAGAUGCAAAGACCAAGACUGUCGCAAAGGUGUGAAAGUGAAUGGCUUGGAAGUCAUCACCAAUGAUUACUCCAUCCUGAAGGAGAACGAUCCUUACAAUAGAGUCAUGUUUAACAUGAAGGCAUUAACAACCCCAGACAGUGGUGGUGUUUAUGGAGAUGGUCUUUGGGACCUCACCCUGUUCGGAAGUGACAGCGAGACCGGUAUGGGCCGCCGUCUAAACGCCCAGAGAGGAGCAUUCAGCAAGUAUCAGGUCAACAAAGACGCCUACCCAGGGGAGAACAUUGACUUCGGAAUGGUGGACACAAACUUCAACAUGCAAGGCUUGUCUUGCAGUGAUGUACGGUAUAUGUGUGCCGAGCUGACUCAGGGUGCCAGACCAGAACCACCCUUUGAGUUGUCACCCGUACCGGAUCGUACCGUCCUAAAGAAAUGUUUCCGUCAAAAGUGUGAUGGUAUCACUAUUGACAGCACUGAUCUACGUUCCGAUAGCUUUGACAUAUCGGACGGACAAAAUGAGAUGGAAUUUGACGUCUCAGUCACCUCCAAUCCUAACAGCGGCGACGCAACCGGAAGAAACCUCUGGAGGCUGGAGACCUUCAUCGCCAACACUCCCUCCGGACGCGGAACCCGCCGAGUCGUCAGCCGACAGAGCCUGACCCCAGAGAUGGGAAGCCGGGAUCUAAGAGCUGGCUCCCGAUUGACCUUCAAUAAUCUCGCUGCACGCAUCGACAAAGAGGACGUACCGUGCGAGGAGGGAGGCGGAUAUAUGUGUGUCGAGCUGUCACGCGGGGACACUCCCUCUAUACCUUUCACUCUGUCCGGGGCCCGCGAGGGCGCAAUGACCAAAUGUAGAAAACUAAACUGUGUCAAGGCUGUUAAGCCCGAAAAAGGACCCAGGGGAGAUAAGGGCCCCCAGGGUGAGCCUGCCGAGAUGCCUGAUAUGGCCGCCUAUUCACCACCCGGACCCCUUGGGCCAGCUGGACCUGCUGGUCCAAAUGGCCCCAAGGGAUACCCAGGCCGUAUGGGACCAGCUGGAUUCAAGGGUCCAGAUGGAGACACAGGAGCACCUGGACUUCCCGGAGUUGAUGGAGCCCCUGGACAGCCUGGACCCCCUGGAGAGGCCCUCGCCCCAACCUACCAACAACAGUACCAGAGCAAGGGACAGAGCAUGGGAUAUGCACCUCAGCAAGUCAUUCAGGGACCACCAGGACCACCAGGCGCCCCAGGACCAUCUGGACAACGUGGAGUUCGUGGAAUGGCAGGCAUGAUGGGAGAAACUGGAUCAGUUGGACAACCAGGAUCUUCCGGCCCACCAGGACGUAGAGGAGAAGAUGGUGAUGAAGGCAGAGAGGGCAGCGAUGGUUCCACUGGUGCCGUUGGUCGUGCUGGAGCAGCCGGACGCCAGGGUGCAAGUGGAUUCCCAGGAAGACGUGGAGCUCAGGGACACAAAGGAUGGAGAGGUGGACGUGGCAAGAAGGGAGUCCGUGGUGAUACCGGUGCUCUUGGAGAGAGCGGAGAAAAUGGUGCCCAAGGAUCUGCCGGAGCCUCUGGAGCCAGGGGAGAGCGUGGAAUUCAAGGAGAGAGGGGAGAGCGUGGAUCCCGUGGUGUUGCUGGAACCAGAGGCCAAGAUGGUAACGAUGGUGAGAUCGGAAACGCUGGACCAGUCGGAGCCUCAGGAAUCAUGGGAGCUGUUGGUGCUCCAGGUCACAAGGGUGUAGCAGGAGAACAGGGUGAGAGUGGUCUGCAAGGAAUCGCGGGUCUCCGUGGUGAGAGCGGUGCAGAUGGUGCUCCAGGUCAGACUGGUCCAGCUGGAUUCGCCGGCAAGGAUGGAGAGACUGGAUCAGCUGGUGACAUGGGAGCCGCUGGUGCACCCGGUGGUGCAGGUAUGACUGGAGCCCGAGGAUCAGCUGGAAGCCGUGGUGCCGCUGGCGUUGCUGGUGAGGCCGGAGCUCAAGGGUACGCCGGACUACAGGGUUCACGCGGAAGCGAUGGUGCCCGUGGCGCAAGAGGAGCUGUUGGAGUCCGUGGAGAGGUUGGACAAGACGGUUCUGAUGGUUCUGAUGGUCCCGACGGUCCAGCUGGACCAAAUGGUGCUCGUGGACCAAUGGGCGCACGUGGAGGUGUAGGUGCACCAGGACAACGAGGCAUGGCUGGAGGAAUUGGACUACAGGGAAAUUCCGGAGCCCAAGGAGCUAUUGGUGCCCCAGGAGAGAAGGGAGAUGCUGGUUCCCCAGGACGCGUAGGAGAUGCCGGAGUCCCAGGAGCAAGAGGUUUGCCCGGAUCUGAUGGACGUGCUGGAAACGACGGAAAGCCAGGACCUGCUGGCACACAAGGAAACGAUGGAAAGCCAGGACCAUCAGGCCAAGUCGGACUUCAAGGCGAGCGAGGUGGCCCAGGAUUACCAGGAGCUAAGGGAUCUACCGGAGAGUCCGGAAGACGAGGAUCUGCUGGACCUGCUGGAGCCAGAGGACCUGCUGGAGAUGUAGGCGGAGACGGACCCCAAGGUAUUGCAGGACCCACUGGAGCACAAGGUUCACGCGGUGAUUCUGGACCUCAAGGAUCUCAGGGACCUGGAGGACCAAACGGACAAAUGGGACUUACCGGAGCACGAGGAGCCAAGGGAAAGAGAGGAGUUCCAGGAGUCGCAGGAUCAGCUGGCCAAGCCGGACCCCAAGGGAUGUCUGGAGACCGUGGAGCCCCAGGAGCCAUGGGUGUAGCUGGAGCCCCAGGAUCUGAGGGAGAGACUGGUGUAGAUGGACGCGACGGAUCAUCUGGUGCUCCUGGUAACAAGGGUGCCUCUGGUGAUGUUGGACGAAUUGGAAUUCCAGGACUUCCCGGAGCCCCAGGUGACCGUGGUGGUGUAGGACAGAUGGGUAUCUCCGGAGCACCUGGUUCACAAGGAUCCACUGGCAAACGCGGUAUUUCAGGCAAGGCAGGAUCAAGAGGCAACACCGGACCCCCAGGCCCAGCUGGAUCAACAGGACUUAGUGGAGAACCUGGAGACAUCGGCCGAUCUGGACGUACUGGACCACCAGGACCCAAGGGCAACCCUGGAGAGAGAGGAAGUGCUGGACAGCGUGGAGCCCAGGGUAUCCAGGGAGGACAGGGAUCACAAGGAGUUGUCGGAGCCCGUGGAGAGAAGGGACCCAGAGGUUCCGUCGGUGAGGCUGGAGUCCAGGGUAGCUCUGGAGCAACUGGACGCCCCGGACAAGCAGGAGCAACUGGAGCCCAAGGAGCACGUGGAGAGGUUGGCUCACAAGGAGCUGUCGGACCUGGAGGAAACAACGGCAUGCCUGGACCCCCUGGACCAUCUGGAGUUCCUGGUGCAAGAGGAGAGGUUGGACCUGCUGGCUCCAGUGGCAGAACCGGACCAACUGGAUCACGUGGAACACAAGGAGUGAAGGGUUCCACUGGUAUCCGUGGUGUCCCAGGACCUCAAGGACAAACAGGAUCUUCAGGAGACGACGGUAGAGAUGGUGCCACCGGACCUGCUGGUGCUGCUGGUGCCCCAGGACCCUCUGGAAUCAUCGGAGCUCUUGGUGGCAUGGGAUCUAUGGGAGCCCCUGGACCCGCUGGUGCUGCUGGACGUCCCGGUGCUGAUGGAUCUGAUGGUAAGCGUGGAUCAGCCGGUCAACAGGGACCUGGUGGACGCAUGGGAGUACAAGGUAUCAAGGGACCCACAGGACCAAGGGGGUCAAGUGGGCGUGAUGGAGACACUGGACCACAGGGAGCUCAGGGACCUAGUGGACCCACUGGUGAUAAGGGAAAUGCUGGUGCCCCAGGAGCCAUGGGAGCUAGAGGAAUGAAUGGACCCGGAGGACCCGCUGGUGCCAAUGGAGAGCGUGGACCUCGUGGACCCGCUGGCCCCGCUGGUGUACGUGGCAGUGCUGGACCUGAUGGUGCUAUGGGAUCUGCUGGACCUGCUGGACCAACUGGAGCUAAGGGAGAAACUGGAGCCAAUGGAAUCACUGGACACAAGGGAUGGAGCGGUAGCCCAGGAACCCCAGGACCAGCAGGACCACCCGGCCAAGCUGGAGGACGUGGACCUAAUGGACGACCAGGACCUUCUGGACCUGCUGGUCUUGACGGACCAAGCGGCAGAAAUGGAAAGUCUGGACAACAGGGACCUCGUGGUAUGUCAGGACAAGGUGGAUCCCGUGGAUCUGAUGGACGCUCUGGACCUGCUGGACCCCCAGGACCUCCUGGCCCAGCUGGAGCCCCUGGAGCUCUCAGCUACUCACAAGGAUACUCUGGCCCAUCAGCUGUUAGCGGCAACAAGGGAGCUAACCCAUACACUUCUUAUUACGGAGACGAUGCCGAGAUUGAUGAGGAUGACUUUGAGAGCCGUAUCAAGCAGCUCCGUGUACGCAUGAUGAAGUUGAUGCAUCCCAACGGUGAGGCAGACUAUCCCGCCCGCUCCUGCAAGGAUCUCUUCAAGAACUACCCAGUAUUGCCUGAUGGUUACUACACCCUGGACCCAAGCGAAGGCUCCUCAUACGACAAGUUCACCGCAUACUGCGUCAAGAAGACCAACGCCACCUGCGUCUUCCCAGAGAGGCAAGAGAUCCCCAAGGCAACUUACUAUCUUGGCGAGCCAGAGGAACCAAUCAACUUCUCCGAUAUGCACAAUGGAUCAGUGAUCACCUACAACGUUAAGCCCGUUCAGUUGACCCUCCUGCGUCUCAUCUACUCCCAAGCCAAACAGAAUGUCACCUACCACUGCAGAAACUCCAACGCUGUCCUAGACCGUGAUGGAAGAUCCAGCAAGGCUCUUACCCUGGUAGGACCCCAAGGUGUACAAAUGAGCAUCAAGAGUACAAAGAACGACUUGCAGUACGAAGUAGAAGGAACAGACGAAUGCCGGAAACAUGACGACGUCUGGAGAAAGACCACCGUUGUCUACACAACCAAGAAGACCGAACGUCUACCCCUCGUUGAUGUUGCUGUGAUGGACGUCGGAGAAAGCAACCAACAGUUUGGAAUAAAUGUCGGUCCUGUCUGCUUUUCAUAAAAAUGUUCUGUCCAGUGUUGACUCUAUAGUAGCGUAGAAUUUAUUCACAGCAUUAGCUCAUGGGGAAGUCUUUAUACUUUUUUAUAAACCUAUAGGGUAAUAGCCUCAGCUCUCGCUGCUGUUUCAGAGUCACACUUUAAAAAAAAACUGCUUUAAAAAAAAUUAAAUCACAACUAAGGUUAGUUGAUGUAAAAGAAACUACCGGCGUUGUUUUUGUGGUGCUUUAUAAAACUUUUUACUAAAAAAAAAACAUUGGAAAUUUUGAAGGUGUGUGUACGGAGUGUUGAAUAUUUCCAGGUCGGGCAACAGCGCUUUUUGGUUGUUUAAACGUCCUGUGAACUGCUUGUUGAAAAGACAAAACUGGUGCUAGAAUCCUUGGUAGGCAGGCUGGCAAUGAGCUGUUUGACUGACUGCCAGGGUUGUCCCUUGAUAGGUAGUAGAACUAUAUUUCUCCUUUAAAUGUUUUAGUGCUGAUAAAUGUCCAUGUUUUGAGAGGCGGCAAAAUGCAGGGCUUCAAAAUAUCAUUACAUUUUCUUUCUUAUUAACAAUCAGUAAAAUCAGUUUUUACUACAAAUAUUACAAACUUAAUAGAUAUUGAAAAAUGUACUUCUUCCAGUUAAGUUUUCUGAUGUUAUACUUAUUCUAUAAUACCAGUACUUCCUUAAUUAUGUAUCCGUUGAAAUGAAAAAUCGCAAUUUUUCCAAACUGAUUCAGAAAAAUAUUUGACAAGUUUAUACAUCUACAUUUAAACGCGAAGUAAGAGUCGUCUUUUGACUAGUUCACACUUACAUACAUCUCCUUAUCUUUCGUUAUUAAUAACCAUACAUCUUGCAUUUUUGCUGCUUCUGUUGUGUGUUUUAUUUAGACUUAAUAAAGCUUCCCUAUGUCAGAAAG